GGCGCGCAGACAGAGCGCGGCCCCGCAGCCGUUGGAGCCGCCAUGCACGUCGUCAAGCGCGAUGGGCGCCAGGAGCGCGUCAUGUUUGACAAGAUCACGUCGCGCAUCCAGAAGCUGUGCUACGGGCUGAACGCCGACUUUGUGGAUCCCGCCCAGAUCACCAUGAAAGUGAUUCAGGGGCUGUACAGUGGUGUCACGACAGUGGAACUGGACACGCUGGCUGCUGAAACAGCUGCAACCCUGACCACCAAGCACCCCGAUUACGCUAUCCUGGCAGCAAGGAUUGCAGUGUCCAAUCUGCACAAAGAAACUAAGAAAGUAUUCAGUGAUGUGAUGGAUGACCUCUACAACUACGUAAACCCUCACAAUGGGAAGCACUCACCAAUGAUCUCUAGAACACUAGACAUAGUUCUGGCCAACAAAGAUCGCCUGAAUUCUGCUAUUAUCUAUGACAGAGACUUCUCCUACAACUAUUUUGGUUUUAAGACUUUAGAACGCUCCUACUUGCUGAAGAUCAACUCAAAAGUCGCCGAGCGUCCUCAGCAUAUGUUGAUGAGGGUGUCGGUGGGAAUCCACAAAAAUGACAUUGAUGCCGCAAUCGAAACUUACAAUCUUCUCGAGAGGUGGUUUACCCACGCCUCACCCACGUUGUUCAACGCGGGCACCAACCGGCCUCAGCUGUCCAGUUGCUUCCUGCUGUGCAUGAAGGAUGACAGCAUUGAGGGAAUCUAUGACACUCUCAAGCAGUGUGCACUGAUCUCAAAGUCUGCUGGUGGGAUUGGCCUUGCUGUGAGCUGUAUCCGAGCCACGGGCAGCUACAUUGCUGGGACAAAUGGAAAUUCUAAUGGACUCGUUCCAAUGCUGAGGGUCUACAACAACACUGCUCGCUACGUGGACCAAGGCGGUAACAAGAGACCUGGAGCUUUUGCCAUCUACCUGGAGCCUUGGCACCUGGACAUCUUUGAGUUUCUUGACUUAAAGAAGAACACUGGGAAAGAAGAGCAGCGUGCCAGAGACCUUUUCUUUGCCCUCUGGAUUCCUGAUCUCUUCAUGAAGAGAGUUGAAACCAACCAGGACUGGUCCUUAAUGUGUCCAAAUGAGUGUCCUGGCUUAGAUGAGGUGUGGGGAGAGGAAUUUGAGAAACUAUAUGAGAGUUAUGAGAAGCAAGGCCGUGUCCGCAGAGUGGUGAAGGCCCAGCAGCUCUGGUACGCCAUCAUCGAAUCCCAGACAGAGACUGGAACACCUUACAUGCUGUACAAGGACUCUUGCAACCGGAAGAGCAAUCAGCAGAAUUUGGGGACCAUCAAAUGCAGCAAUCUGUGUACAGAAAUAGUGGAGUAUACCAGCAAAGAUGAGGUUGCAGUUUGUAACUUGGCCUCUAUAGCCCUGAAUAUGUAUGUCACUUCAGAGCAUACGUAUGAUUUCAAGAAGCUAGCUGAAGUCACUAAAGUUAUUGUCCGAAACCUGAACAAAAUCAUUGAUAUCAACUACUACCCUGUGCCAGAGGCUGAACGCUCCAACAGACGCCAUCGUCCCAUUGGCAUUGGUGUGCAGGGUUUGGCAGAUGCUUUCAUUCUGAUGAGAUACCCCUUUGAAAGUCCGGAGGCCCAGCGCUUGAACCAGCAGAUUUUUGAGACCAUUUAUUACGGUGCUUUGGAAGCCAGCUGUGAGCUUGCCGAGGAGCAAGGACCGUAUGAAACAUACGAGGGUUCUCCUGUCAGCAAAGGAAUUCUUCAGUAUGACAUGUGGAAUGUCACCCCGUCUGAUCUUUGGGACUGGAAGGCUUUAAAGGAGAAGAUUGCUAAGUAUGGUGUCAGAAACAGCCUUCUCAUUUCUCCCAUGCCAACUGCUUCUACUGCUCAGAUCUUGGGCAAUAACGAAUCCAUUGAGCCCUACACCAGUAACAUCUACACGCGCAGAGUCCUUUCAGGAGAGUUUCAGGUGGUGAAUCCGCACUUGUUGAAAGAUCUCACAGAGAGAGGCCUGUGGAAUGAGGAGAUGAAAAACCAAAUCAUUGCCCACAAUGGCUCUAUCCAGAAUAUAUCUGAGAUUCCUGAUGACCUGAAGCAACUCUAUAAGACGGUGUGGGAGAUCUCCCAGAAAACUAUCCUCAAGAUGGCAGCAGACAGAGGAGCUUUCAUUGAUCAGAGCCAGUCUCUCAACAUUCACAUUGCAGAACCCAACUACGGCAAGCUGACCAGCAUGCAUUUCUAUGGGUGGAAGCAGGGUCUGAAGACUGGCAUGUACUACCUAAGGACAAAGCCAGCUGCUAACCCCAUCCAGUUCACGCUGAACAAAGAGAAGCUCAGGGAGCGGGAGAAGGCCUCCAAGGAAGAGGAAGAGAAGGAAAGGAACAAAGCAGCCAUGGUGUGCUCCCUGGAGAACCGGGAUGAGUGCAUGAUGUGUGGCUCCUAACAGAUCAGCCCUGCAGCGCCAGCAAAGCCAUUCCUGGUGUGAUUCCUUCUAAGAUAGGUGCAUCUAGUGUAACGUCAGCAUGUAGGGGCUUGCUGGAGCUGUGGCAGGAGGGGGGGGAUCACUGUAGUGUAUUGUAGCUUCCCCAUCCUUGAAUUGGGGGUUGGUGCACAGGUUGGUGCAUGGAUAGAAUGCAUAAGAAGUUUGUAUAUUGCUUUUGUAGCUGGGCUUACGGGAAACUUAAGUGCUCUUGCAUGGUCUUACGUUGAACCCUAUAGGCAGGACGCUUCCUGAACAGAUGGGGAAAGUUCUAAUGCCACUUACCUUAAAGGUCUGUCUUCAGAUAAUAGAUUUCCUUUACUAAA